UACUAUAUAUGCUCUCUGGGAGGCUACUGCGUUUAUAAAUUGUAAAACUACUCUUCUUCAGUCUAUUUGGAAUUUGAAAGCCGGUAUUAGCUUCAAUUACUCUUAUAAUGGGGCGCAACAAAACCAGAAAAUACAAAACCAACCAUCACACAGGCCAAAGCAGUAAUCGGGAACAGAAAUGGAAAGAAGAUUGUGACACGUCCCUUCCAGCAAAUCAAGAUGUGGCAGGUGAAGAGGAGUCUGAUGUUGCAAAAAUUCAGCUUGCUAUGUGGGACUUUGGACAGUGCGAUGUUAAGAGAUGUACGGGGCGCAAGCUUUCAAGAUUUGGUUUGUUGAAGGAGCUGCGCGUAUCCAAUGGCUUUGGCGGUGUUGUCCUCAGUCCUGUUGGAAAGCAAUGUGUUUCAAGGGAUGACAGCCUCUUAAUAAAGAAAAAAGGAUUGGCAGUUAUUGAUUGUUCAUGGGCCCGCUUGAGUGAUGUCCCUUUUGUGAAGCUCCGCUGCACUCAUCCUCGUUUGUUGCCAUGGUUGGUGGCCGCAAAUCCUGUAAAUUAUGGUCGACCCUGUGAGCUAUCUUGUGUGGAAGCAUUAUCAGCUGCAUUGACAAUAUGUGGGGAAGAGGAAACGGCUAACCUAUUGCUGAGCAAAUUUAAAUGGGGCCAUGCCUUUUUAUCUCUAAACAGGGAUCUUCUGAAGGCAUAUUCUCAAUGCACGAAUGGGUCAGACAUUAUAGCUGCGCAAAACUCAUGGCUUCAUAAUAAUUCAAGGAUCCCAAAGUCUUUGCCAGACUCCAGUGAGGAUCCUGAAAAUAUGAAGCAAAAGAUUAGAAGAUUCUCAACUUCAAAAUCUUCAUCAUUGACAUGCAGCUCCAUAUUAAGAGUGAACAUCUUGGAUGAGGACAAUCAUUGAACAUCUUGAAGUUGGGCUAUAAAUGGUCCUCAUUAUCGCUUUGGUCGGAGGAUUAGCAUGCCUGUUAGACAUUCAACUGCAGUACGCAUCAUAUUCAUAGUUGAAGGGGCUGUUUCUGUUCAUUUGAUUCUUCUCAAAUCUUGUGGAUUAGCAAGACUUUAUCCUGUAGCCCAUUCAACUCAGCAAUUGAUGAAAUUGUUUCAGCAGCAGGUCUUUUAUGGAGGGGUGUGUGUGUGAGAGAGAGAGAGAGACAGAGACAGAGACAGAGAGACAGAGAGAUUGUGCUCAUGAUAUUGCAGGAUGUCUUCAUUGUGACUCCUUGACUCCUUUCUUGUUAAUGCUACAUAUAAUUCUUGAGUGCCACCAAUAAUGGUACCUUGUCUGAAACGUUGGAGUUUUUUUUAUUGUGGAAUAUACAUUGUAGCUUUUAAAUCUGCCCAAGUCUAGGCAUCGCGUUUGAUCUAUGGACAUUUUAUGAAAUUGUUUAUGCUGAUACUGAUGUCCCGGUUUCACAUUUCUAUAUUUUCUUUUAUUUUCAUAAAUUUAGUUUCCACUGCUAGCUAAUGGUGCUUCUAA